UCGUCACGGACCCUAUUAAAUGUUGACCCGCACAAGGAAAGCGGUCUUGGAGACGCAUUGCCAUUUCGCUCUGAGAACCUCGAGUUGGUUUUGAGUGACGUUUCUUCUCUUUUCCUCCGGUGCGAUCGGUCUGCGAGCUACACCGUUUUCUAAUUGAUCCGUCAUAAAUGUCAUUCCUGAACAUAAGAAAGCGGCGACAGCCGCUUACUCCUGUAUCGUAUUAUUUCGUUUCAUUAAUUUCGAAGCCAGAGGAUCGAUAAACAAGAUCAAUUUUUUUGAGAGUUGAGAGAAAUCAAUAGGCGACAUAUCAACCGCCACGCUGAGACCUAUUCCCUCAUUGAAAUGAACGCAGUGAAAUAACGACUCUAAAACCGACUCGGUCAGAUCAGGUGAAUCAUUUUCAAAGACAAGGACUAUCAUUGGUCUCACACCAACCGACAAUAAUGUCAACAGAAAUACAAGCAAGUGGCUGUACAUGUCAAACAACGUGUCAGGAAUUCGCAGCUCUCAUCCUGUUGAACGCCAUCAGUAGCUGCCACCUUCAGUGAGGUCCUCUUAAGCCACUUCCACUGACCCCUGAACCCUCGUUGCCAUGGAGAACAUGAGUGAGCUCCAGAACCCGCUCCUGGACAAGAACAGCAAGCACGUCGUCAACGGUUACGGCGGCGACUUCCCUAACAACCAGUACCAGGAGAACAUCAUCAACUACUUAACCGGUGGCAACAGCGGAGAAGGAGGAGGUAACACUACCAACAGUACGGUGGCCCAUGUGGGACACAACAACCCCAACGGCAAGACGAAAGCUCAACAACUCCUGGACGCCACCUCACUCCAUCUGGCCGUCGAGGCCUUCUACAGGCCUAACUUCAUCCUGUACAAGGAGGAAGGGGGAGGAGGAGGCGGAGUCAAGGCCAAGGAUUAUAAGAACGAGUGUUGCGAGACUACCUUCACAGAGAAGAAAGAGAAGGAGAGGGAGGCGUCUGUAGCAGUGGAGACCCCCGGAAGCACAGAGGACCCUCAGGCCAAGCUGCUGGAAGAAGGAGACAACGUGAAGAUACAGACUGUCUCCUACGAGGUGGAGGAGGAGGAAUAUGUGGAUUAUGAGACGGACUGCUCCAGCGACAGCGAGAGUGAAGAUAACUUCAUAGUGAUCCCACCCAGAGACCAUCUGGGCCUGGCCAUCUUCUCCAUGUUAUGCUGCUUCUGGCCCCUGGGCAUCGCUGCUUUCUACUUCUCCCAGGGGACCAGCAAGGCGGUGACGAAGGGUGACUUCCCGCUGGCGAGCAUCGCAUCCCGAAGGGCUUUGUUCCUGGCGGCCCUCUCCAUCACCAUCGGGACAGGCGUCUAUGUGGGGGUGGUGGUGGCCCUCAUCGCCUACCUCUCCAAGCCAGGUCACAUAUAGCAGCGCCAGGGGGAACCGGUAAUGGACACUGCUACUGCCAGGGAAAGGUGAAGGGGGCAUCAUUAUUUUUUCUUCCACCAUCCCUCUAUCUGUCCAGCCUUCUCUCAGACUACCAGGUGAACAACAGGAGAGAAGUGAGGAACCACCCCUUCUCAGUGGACACUGCUACUACCAGGGAAUGGUUUGAACUGCCCUCCUCCCGUAACAUAACAGCACUGCUGACAUGGAAUCCGUUCCUCUCUCUUUCCCCCUCAUCCCUUCAUCUCUCUAUCCUCCUCCCUUCAGCCUCCCUACAGGCAGCAAAGAUUAGAUGAAGGAACAAAGAGGAGCUAGGCAUGAAGGGGAGAGGAGGAGGAGGAGGAGAAGAGCAGGGGAAACUAGGACAGAGAGAACACAGACACUGUUUUCUCUGGGAAAAGUUAUCUGAAGUGAGGUAAAGAGGAACACAGUUUGAGAUGUGAUGUCCUGUUCCGUUCCGUCCCCCCUGUCCCCCCCCCGUCCCCUCUGUAGGGUGUUUAAACUUAGCUUUGUUACUUCAACAUUCUACAGACCAUUAUAGAAAACGAGAUGGGUGGGUGAGGCAUCAGACAGCAAAAAAAACAUGGUUUGCAAUUACUGAGACUUUAGCAGACGGAGGAACUUCAAGGGACCGCAGUGUCUGGAGGUCUCACUGAGAGGACUAUAAAAAGGUCCUUGAAUUCUCUAUCUGUAUGCCAUCUGAACCAGGAUUGAACAUUUUGACUAUCUGGAUCCCCUGCUACUAACUGACUAUCUCUGUUAAUUUACCAUCAAAUGCUUCUUCAAUGGGCCUGGUUCUAAGGCCUACUGCUGGGUGGUUCUCUGUCAACAUGGAGAGAGAAAGAGACAGAGAGAGAGACAGAGAGAGACAGAGACAGAGACAGACAGAGAGAGAGAGAGAGAGAGAGAGAGAGAGAGACAGACA